CCGUGCGUUGGAUCACCAGUUGCGGCCCAUCACCUCUCCCAGUCUCCCGGUCGGUUUCGCAUUCCCGACGAGCCGCCGCCGGCAUCUCCUCCGCUCCGCUUGAUGUUUACUACUCGGAGACGGGGCGCGGCGGCCGGAGCCGAAACGACCUCGUGCAGCCAUGCUCUCCAGUCUCCUCUCUGCCCGGAUCCACGGGCUCCCUCGCGCCUAAUAUUCUAAACUUCAGAGAGGAGAGGAGCGGAAGGCUCGAUCGAUUUCGUCCCCGCCGAUUUGCGCUAUCCGAGGUAUCAUCGUGUCCCAUGGGGGAUCUGGCGUUGAUGAGCUUUCUGUCCGGGAAGCGGGAGCGACAGCGGCAGCUCUGCCACCGACAAAUUGGACGAGGCCGUGGCUCAAUUACUUCAGUGGCUAAAACUGAAAGAAAGGGUCUGCACUACCAACUAAAAGAAAACGUUUACCUUCCAGAGGACAUCUUGCGGCUGAUCCAUGCCAUGAUGCCACUGCGAGAUGCUGCUCGUGCUGCUUGCGCCUCGCACAUAUUCCUGCAGUCCUGGAGAUGUCGUCCCAACCUUAUCUUCACUGGGGAGACGUUGGGCUUGAUUAUAAAUGGUACUGGAAAGGAUGACGCUAAAAGAGACUUCAUCAAUAUAGUACAGCGCAUACUGCUGAAUCACUCAGGCAUUGGCGUGAAAACACUAAAGCUUGAACUCCUCCAUUUUAGCGAUCUCGACUUAGGUUGUCUCGAAGCCUGGCUUCAGAUUGCUGUUGCACCAGGGAUUGAGGAACUCACCCUGAUGUUUCCUUGCGUAAGAUACAAAUUCCCAUGCUCGCUCUUAUUUGAAAGAGGUGGAAACUCGGUUCGAUAUCUUCACCUCAUGGUCUGCACCUUCCGUCCUACAAUUGGUCUUGGUUGCUUGAUAAAAUUGACGCAGUUGCAUCUGUCUUUCGUGUGGAUUACUGGAGAUGAGUUAGAGCUCCUUUCCAAAUGCGUCGCUUUGGAGUGGCUGAAACUCUCAUAUUGCCCUGAGAUAAUUUGCUUGAAAGUACCUUGUAUGCUAAGGCAGCUUGGCUCCCUUGAGGUGGCUGAAUGCAGAUAUUUGAAAGUCAUAGAGAUCUGUGCUCCAAAUCUUUCAAAUUUUUAUCUUACUGGUUUUCUAGUACGGACUUCAUUUGAGAAUCCAUUGCUAGUGAAGAAACUACGAAUCAUGUGUUUACGUCAAGGCAACUUUGUUUCUUAUGCUCGUACGAAGCUUCCAUCCCUUGUGCCAAAUGUUGAAACACUUACAGUAGCAUCUAAUGAAAUUGUCAAGACACCUAUGGUGCCCGGCAAAUUCCUCCAUCUCAAGCACUUGCAUGUUUAUUUUAUCUCACUGGCUAUUUCCUAUGAUUAUUUAUUUCUGAUUUCCUUUUUUGAAGCUUCUCCUUAACUGGAGACAUUCAUGUUGUCUGUGACGCAGCGUCGCAUUGAGAACCCUUUCAUCCAGCUCAAUCCCUGAACUAGCUACUCCUAGUUAAUUUCCUGCAAGAAGGAUGACUGAGUCAACAGGCGACCGGGCAGGCGAUUCCCACCGACCGACGGCCACUCCGGCCCCGGCGGCCACCCCCCUGCGCCGGUAGCCACCCCGGCGCCGACGCCCACCACCCACGCCUCUCUUGCCCCAUCGCGCUUCCCCUGGAGCCUGCUCGACCGCCGCUCGACGUUGCUGGCCAGAUGCGGUUGGCGUCUCUGCCGCCGUCGUGGCCAGCACUCCAGCCGGCGCAUCCCACGCUGCUCCGCCACCACAAACCAGUAAUCCCCUCUCAACCCCUCUCUGGACCACCCCUUUCCCCACGAAGCUCCACCCCACGCCGGAACCCCCAGUUCUGGCUGGAGUCGCCGCCGCCGCCGCCAUCCAGAUCUGCUGUGCCUUUCUCCGCCGACGAUGUCUCCCACGUCUCGGAGUCCCCGGAUCCAAGGAGUUCGCCCACGCCUGCUAUGCCACGCUCCUUCGCUGAUGCUGUCAGGUUGGAUUUCAAUCCCGCCAAAGGAGACGGCCUGCCCGUUUUCAAAUCCCCACACGGCCAACCACCGCCGCGCCCAAAAUUGAAGUCCGCCAUUACUAUCCCAGCCUGGAGCACCUUUCAGCGUCGCGCCUACAGGGCUACUCCCGGAGAGGAAAUGGGCGUGCGUCGCAUCCAUGGUACGGCGAGACCAGGCCGCUUCAAUGGCGAGUGGAAGGAAGUCAAGCCACGCCACUGGUGGCGCCGCUCGCCGCAUUCACCCGAGUCCCAGCGGCCAGCUUCCAGGCGACAAGACGCACAUUCAAGGCGCUCGUUGGCUCCCGCUGCAUCGGCAUCGCUGCGCCUCUUCAGAGAGAGAACGGCUGGAAAAUGCUUCAACUGCCUUGCGCGUGAUCACCGCGCAGCGCGCUGCAGGGACCCGGUUCGUUGCUUCAGAUGUUUCCGUUCGGGGCACAAGGCAAACUCCUGCUCCCGGCGUGAACCGCGACCACGCCAACCUCGCCAGUCUCCACAGAAAGCGCUGCGCCGCCAAGCUUCUACACCACCCCCGCCACAGAACACGUCGCACCGCCAGGCUUCUACGCCAUCCCCGUCUCUUCCCCGGGCUACACGACCACGCCAACCACGCCAGUCUCCGCAGAACACGUCGUGCCGCCAAGCCUCCACACCACCUCUGCAGCUACCUCUUCCACCCAAGCCGUCCUGCAACACGCGGAUGGCUCUACUGGGAGACCCGGCGACCCGGCCGGAUGAAGACCACUGCUUCGUUCCGACACCGUUCGCCACGGAGGCUGAGCGGAAAGAAUGGGAAAGCUCGGCGGUGGUGUCCUGGGCGAUGCGGGCACCGGCUUCCACAACGGCGCAAGAUGUUGAGGCGGCUUUUCGGGAGGAAUUCCGUCUUCGGCGAGGGGAGGUCACGGUGACGCGCCACCACCCGGAAGCCUUCCUGAUCAAGUUCGAGCAUAGCAGUCACUGCUAUGAAGCUAUGCGCAAGGGCUUCGUCAAGCGAAACGGUAUUGAGCUCCACUUCAUCAAGUGGCGCAGCCUGAGUGCGGCCCUCGGCAUCGCGCUCAUGUUUCGCGUGCGCCUGUGUCUAGAUGGUAUCCCGCGGCACGCCUGAUCCGCCGACAUCGUCGAGCGGCUCAUCGCGCGCACCUGUGGCCUCGAGGAGAUCGAGACCAACCUGAUCCACCCGGUCGACACUCGCACGGUGGAUGUGUGGGCUUGGACCGGCAAUCCGAGCUCCAUCCCGAAGCGGAUGUGGCUAACCUUUACCGGCUCGACGCGGGGAGCCAAACCAGAGCAAAUCCUGGUGUCCGACAGACCGCCGGCACACUGGCAACAUGGCGCCAAAUUCUGCGUCUACAUCCACCUGGAGGAGAUCCACGACUACACGACGGUGGCGGUAGACCUCGAUGGCAACGAGGCAUGCGCGCCCUCCAAGCGGCGCCUUCCGGAGUGGCACCUCGGCGUGGCCGACGGGGACCCGGUACCAACGCGAGCCUUCGAGAACUUCCCGCACCACCCGCCUCCACCACGCACUCGUCAAGGCCGCGAGCCAGAGCGCAUCGACGACCGCGACGACCGUCGCCGAAGAGCCAAAGAUGAUCGUGACCGGAGCCGUCCCAGGCGGUCGUAUAAUGACGACCACCCGGACCACGACAGGGACCAAGCCUGGCGACGGCGCGACGACGACGACGACCGCGACGGCAGGGGCGGCCGGGGCCGCGAGGCAUGGCGAGGACGAGAAAGCCGCAAAGUCUCGGGCCUUGAUGGCCAACGCGUGCGCGAGCGUUCGCCGCGUCGGCGCGACUGGGCAGAGGACGACCGUCGCGGUGACCGGCGUCAUCACGUGCAGGCUGCUGUCGCCCUGCCUGCUACAAUCCCGCCUCUCAAGCUCGCUCCGAAGCAGGUAACUGAUUUUAAGAUGUUGUUUUCCCUUAACUCCCACCCUCUUCAGGCACCAAGGGAAAACCUCCGUGAGACGGGGGAAAGGCUUGUGAACAGGGUGAACAAUUUCGCCGCUGCGGUGGAUGACGCUUCUCAGCCUGGCGGGGAAGAAGCCUGGUCCGACCGCCGGCCAAGUCGCGUCCAUGACGUCCCGAUCCGGCAGGUGUUCGACCGGCUCAAGCACUGCCUCUUCCCUGCUGGCAUCCACUCUACACCAAGCCACUCGGGCCAAGUGAUGCCUCAUGACGAGAGGGCGUCGAUCGGCGCGGUGGAAGAAGCACUUGCAGCACUUUAGCUCAUGGCGGACGCGGGUCAUGCCGUCGGCGAGCGAACGCCGCCAUUUCCAACAUCCCCCCUCCAGUGUGCUGGGCCAUCACCAGUAUGGGCCGGCCUCCUCCCGGACCUUGGGCUGCAGACAGGAGGGAGCUGUCACGCAAUGGGCCUGAUGGGCCAUGAAGACCUUCAGCCUGCCCUGCCGAUGUCUACUUUCACAGGCUUGCAAGCGGGCCAUGAUACGGCCCACCCAUCACCACCACAGGGCCAACAGGCUCGAACCGACACCACGGCCACCAUCAGCGAGGCAACACUGCAGCCGCCACGGCGGUUGCGUCGAAGACGGUGACGCCGCCGCAGCUGAUUACAGCUGCGCCAACGACGGAACAAGAUGAACACCAAGAUGCCGGGAAUAAGAACACGCUGCAAGUGCUGGAGAGCCUCUUCUCCACCCCGCCGCGCGCCGUUUUGCCACGGCCGACCUCCCCUGCGCUGACGACGACCCAAGCGACCCCAGCGCCAGCACCGGCGCCGCCAGGUGGCCACGGGAUGGAGCGUCGCCGCAGCGCAAGACUCGCGGCAAAGCCGCCAAUGCCAACUAUGCAACGCUGCACGAGGGUGUUAUUGAAGCGGCUUGGCAUGCUCCAUGACGACAAGACGCUCGACGAGGUGCUCUCCGACUACAUCGCCAUGUUCAAUGGACCUCUACCGCAACACGUGAUCGCAGCGCUCACGUCCAUCUUCGACAUCGACGCCGAUGCAAUCAUGGAAGCCAAUCACGUCGACAACACGCUCCUGGAGGUUGUCGGCGAAGGCGUCGCUGACCUUGUCGAGGAGGUUGCCGACACAGCGGCAUGAACGGGAGGGUGGGCGCCCUGCUGAGUACUCUGUCUUCUCCCCAUGAUUUCUACCCCAGAUGAAAGUUUGUACCCUUUUGCUUGUGCAAAGACUCAUAGUUUGCACCCUGCGGCUGCUGAUGGAGCUUUUGCUAAUCGUCGCAUGUAUCCUGCGUGGGAAGCUGCCCUACAUUUGGAUGAUUUACGUUUACGGAA